AUUGUGCUUCCGAUCGAGACGGUUCAACAGCAGCAGCAGCAGCAGCAGCAUCCAGCAAUUGCAGUAGUCGCAGCCGUCGCAACUUUCAACCAUUUUGUUGACUUUGUUACCCGUGUAAAACUAAAGCCAAAUACAUAUCUACACGCACCACCUCACGUAGCGAGCUGUGAAGAAGCAACCUGUAGAAUAGGUGAAGAGCCAGCCAGCCAGCCAGCCAGCAAUCAACGAACCGUCGCCCAUAACCCUCCAUACGAACUAACCAACAACACCAACACCCAGUAGCAGCAAUGGCCUCCGCAAACCAACAGGAAACCACCACCACCGAGUACCCACGUGUCGGGGCUGACUUUAAGAGCGAGCUCGAAUCCUUCCGCCCGGAAACGCUGACCAAAGCGGCCACGCAAGAGAAGAACCCGCUGCCGACCGCGGCCGACGUCCAGAGCGAACGCGCCCAGCGCAGCGUGUUCGAGGGCAUCGAAUCGUUCGACGCCUCGCAGCUGAAACACGCCGAAACUUGCGAAAAAAAUCCGCUCCCGGACCAAGAAGCCAUCCAAGCGGAGAAAGGUGUGAAACGCUUCAUUGAGGGCAUCGAAUCGUUCGACACGUCGCGCUUGAAGCACGCCGAAACGCUUGAGAAGAACCCGCUACCGACGCGUGAAACAAUCGAAGAAGAGAAGCGCGCAUAAGCGGUGUGCGCAAAACCAAUACCAUACUACUACUUCCUUCGCCUGCCCAGAGAUAGAUAGUGAGCGGGGGGAGCGGAGCGCGCACAGGCAAGCAAAGCAAGGCAUAAUUUUACCUAUUCAGCAGUACUAGCAGCAGCAGCACCAGCAGCAGCAGCAACAACAACAACAACAACAGCAACAAGCAGUAUCAGCAGCAGCAGCAGCAGCAGCAAGCAAAAGAUCACAUACAGUAGUAGUGCGUCGUUGUUGAGCAACAACGGUACUUCACCACCAGCGUCAUCAUCACAAGCGAAAGCCACCCAAUCCACCGCCCCCACCCUUACUCUCCGGGCAACGUAAUAGGGGCCGUAACCACUAGGAAGCUUCCAUCAAGAUAUAAACCAUCCUUCCAGCAGCACCCUUUAAAGUUAGUUAGUGUCGCGCUCGCGUGUUGUCUACGUGUGCGUGCUUGUGUUCAUGUCUAUUUGUUCUCCCUCGGUUUACUUCAUCCCAAACCAUUGUCGCGCCGUGCCCGCAAAGGGUCAUCCUUUAUUCGUUUUUCAUUUUUUGUUUCUUUUUUUCUUCAUACGACCCUCUGGUCCCUGGUCUCCUCCAUCACGACCCACCGAUAUGACGACCGAGUAACCACGAACCAAUGCAAAAUCGGUUGCUGGUGGCCAAACCAUGCAGGAAAGAUCACUCGCCGAGCCAGCGAAAGUUGUUCAGGUAGAAAGCGAAGGAGUUAGUCCUUUCAUUUCGAAAUUUUGGUAGGCUACUUAGGGGUGUGUUAAAGGGCUUGUUCGAACAGGUCCAGCAUACGCAAAAUGACGAGAUUGAGUGAGGACGUUCAGUCUCAGGUGCGAUCGCUCUCUAACCAAGGCGCGCGAUCAAGGGCGCAUUCCUAGCGCUUGGCGUUAUUGUACGAAAAGCAAAAACAACUCCUCCAAAAAACACACAAUAACGUUGACACAACUAUAAAAAGAAAAACUCUAAACUGUUGAUAUUCGUUGGGCGAAGAGAACGAUGCGGGGGAGUUUGUUUGGCAAACACAGCAGCAUUGGGUGCGGUUGGGUGUGGUGUGGUCAGCGCGGAGCGUUGACCGGCCACUACCACCGUCAAUUUUCUACUCUCUUCACCACGCGUGAACGCAUUUGAUACCAGCUAAGAUUUUCACAAUAAAUCGAAUAUUUUUACACUUCUACCAAACUGGCAGUGUGUGUGGUAGAGGAGGCGUAUGGCGCCUCCAGCGCGCGCGCGCUGCAUAGGAUGAAAUCUGCAAAGCAAACACUCUACAUACAAGUAAUAGGUGUAGGUAAGGCGUAGGCCAGAAAGCUAACGUUAGAGUGUCUUAUUGCCUACCGAGGAGAAUGUCCGUUUCAACUGAAAUCGAGAAAGACUCUGGCUGUCGUCGUCGUAGUAGUUGAUCGAAAAUUUUCCCGCUUCAAAAGUACGUGUACGACAACAACGCAACCAUUCGGUGGUAGGCUCGGGUUGCUAAGAUAGCCAUUAAGAUCCAAAAAGGAAAAAAAACAUCGAAAAUCAAAAUUGACAAUUAAACAAGCCACACAGCGGCACAAGCGGCUCGGGAGCGCCCAAGCACGAUCAGUGUCAGUUCGGAGCGAUUCGAAAUCAAAUAAAGGCCCCUUGCGUGUUGAUGGGCCAGGGGUCUACAGGUGGCUAUAACGCCGCGUACUGCCUAAGGCAAGGUGUGACACUAUUAUACAUUUUAUACUAAUCCAUCCCCAACGCAGAAUGCAGGGCCCCCCGAACGCCUCUUGGCCUUGGCUCCUUGUGAUGCAAAAUACGGAUGGAAAUCGGAGCGAAAACGAGGGCGACGUUUUGACGGCAAAAGUGAUGUUACGAACAUCGAACAUCCACAGUAUACCAGAUUCCAGACAGAACGGAUGAACAGACAGACCGUCAUGGAGAAGGGAGGCGAGAGAGAGAAAGAAUUAGAGUGACAGAAUUAGCGGUAAAAUGAAAGAGGGCGAGAGAGAGAGAAAUGGCCCAGGGGCACCCAUUCGCGGUUACCAGCUCGAUCCCGAACAUAAUAACUGCUACAUAGUGAUGCAACACGGACACACGAAACUGACGAGACUGACGCAGAAAGGAAAGGUUACUUUAAUCUGCUAAUUUGAUGUUUUUGCCGGAUUUGGAUGCCUUUUCUGUUCCCAAAAUGGCAUUUAGCAACGGGCAGAGUGUGCAGGGAGUUUUAAUAACCACCACAGUAAGACAUUAAAUAGAUAGCGCGGAGAGAGUGAAAGAUAAGUAAUAAGUAAUACCAGACGUUGCGUUUAACAACACUCUAGCAGUGCGAGCGUGCAACCCAUCUUUUGCUGCAUCCGCAAAACAGAACCGCUAGCCCGGUCUCCGGCAACCCCUUCUUCCUCCCGGUAGUGGCCGGGGACUAACAUCAACCACCAACAUUUUGGAUUUUUUAAUAACGGCCAAAACGCGCGAUCGAUCUGUGCUGUAGCGCCCGAGGGAAGGAGGAAGCAUACACACGUUCGGGCCGCGAUCUAUAUAUACCUCUUGUCGUGUCGAGUUUAGAAGGAAAACAAAACCAAAAGUGGCACUCAGUAUUGUCGAAAGACACAGAAAAGUAUAGCCCCCCACGCCACCCACCUUUCCCGAGCGAACACAGGGAGUGGGAUGAUUGUCUGUAGAGCGUUCUCCAGCAUCGCGCAGAGUCGCGUUUCUUCCAUCCCGGUUUUUAGGAGGGGUCCCUUGUGAGUUUCCCGUUCGGUGUUUACGCUCUCUAGUUCAACCAAUUUGUUGGUCUUUGGAUAUUAGUGUAUUUAUUUUUGGAAAAUCAAUCUUAAAGUUUUCUAAUUUAUUUGACUCUCUCUCUCUCUUUCGUUAUUUGGCAUUUAACUUUGUACUUAGCCGUGCGGGGUGCGAACGAGAAAUGUCCCGAAUCGAGGCACACAAGCGGAAGAGGACACAUAGCCACAAGGGCCGCGCCUCUCGAGACUCUGCUGUCGAUCGCGGGGUGAAGGGGGGGCGUUAGCGGACAAAAGGAGCGCGCAAAGCAAAGAUUAAGAGAAGAUUUUAGAACAAACAGGGAACAAAUGUAGAAAUCGAAAAGCAGCAAAGGAAGGCGGCACGCGAAACGCUGGUGUCCCCCCGUGACUAGUAGCGGGAUGUGUGAAGGCUGAGGCUUCACAGAGUGAGAGAGAGAGGGAGAGAGAGAGGGGGGUGUUAAACACCGCAACUGUCCGGCGGUGUGCGCGCGCGGCACAGGAGACGCAACGAAAAAACGAUUUUGCAACGGCAUAAAUGUACUACUACUGCUAUAAUCCCUAUCUACUACCGAAAAUGGAUCAAAUAAACAUUCUA